AAUAAAAAAGAAAAGGAAGGCGAACAAGUGGCGGGAUUUUGCAUGCAAACGUAAUUUGCUUCCAAGUUUGAGCGGCGAUCCGAAAGCCUCGGUGUUUCUCUCUCUUUCCCCUUCUAUCACGAGAAAGCAAACACAUCACAAACAACAACGAGAAGCUCUCCCUCUCAGCAAUGCCUCCCUUCCCUUCCCUUCCCUUUCCUUUCUUUUCACUUCUCUUUCUCUCACUUGAAUGAAUACAUUGAACAUUAAUCAUUAUUAUUUCCUUUCAACUUUUUGCUUUCAUGGAUUUUAAAAACUUUCUCCCUAGGAAUUUUAUUAUUGAUUGUGGGACGUGGGUUCUAAUCAGCUGCUACAUUUUUGAGGGUUUCAAUAGAUCUCAGUGAAGGAGAGGUCUAAAUUAUAAUGGAGAAGAAGAAGUAUCCAAUUGGGCCGGAGUAUUAUACACUGCAUGAGGAGGUUGGACAUGGCGUUAGUGCUUCCGUUCGCCGUGCUGUCUGUAUACCCUUCAACGAGGUUGUUGCAAUCAAAAUUCUUGAUUUUGAACGUGAUAACUGUGAUCUGAACAACAUUUCUCGUGAGGCACAGACAAUGAUCUUGGUUGACCAUUCAAAUGUUCUUAAAUCACAUUGCUCCUUUGUGAGUGAUCAUAAUCUAUGGGUUGUCAUGCCAUACAUGGCUGGGGGAUCUUGUCUUCAUAUACUGAAGGCUGCAUAUCCUGAUGGUUUUGAGGAGGUGGUUAUAGCAACAAUACUUCGUGAAGUGUUGAAAGGUUUAGAGUAUCUUCAUCAUCAUGGGCACAUACAUCGGGAUGUUAAAGCUGGGAAUAUUCUCAUUGGCUCACGCGGUGCAAUCAAGCUGGGAGACUUUGGCGUUUCGGCUUGCCUUUUUGAUUCAGGUGAUAGGCAACGCAUGAGGAAUACAUUUGUGGGGACACCUUGCUGGAUGGCACCUGAGGUUAUGGAGCAACUGCAUGGUUAUGAUUGCAAGGCUGAUAUCUGGUCGUUUGGUAUAACUGCCCUAGAGCUUGCUCAUGGCCAUGCUCCAUUCUCUAAAUAUCCCCCAAUGAAGGUAUUGCUUAUGACCUUGCAAAACGCACCUCCAGGCCUAGAUUAUGAAAGAGAUAGGAAGUUUUCUAAGUCUUUCAAGCAAAUGAUUGCUAGCUGCUUGGUGAAAGAUCCUUCAAAAAGACCUUCAGCAAAGAAGUUACUAAAACAUUCUUUUUUCAAGCAAGCAAGGUCAAGUGAUUAUAUAGCACGGACACUUCUAGAUGGAUUGCCUGCUCUUGGUGACCGUAUCCAGGCAUUGAAGAGAAAGGAAGAAGAUAUGCUUGCUCAAAAGAAAAUGCCUGAUGGUGAAAAGGAAGAACUCUCACAGAAUGAAUAUAAACGUGGGAUAAGUGGAUGGAAUUUCAAUCUUGAAGAUAUGAAAGCUCAGGCUUCCCUGAUUCAGGAUGAGGACCUUAUAUCUGACACUACCCAAGGAGGAAGCUCAAAUUCGUUGUCUACACUUGAUGGACAAGAUAAGCACCCAGAAUUUCAGACCUCUUCUCAAGCUACAGACAAGGAGGAUAAUGACCGGGUCCAGAAUCAACCAGCUCCUUUUGCAGCAGUUGAACCAGCAAUAAAUAUUGCCAAUGUUAGACUUGAAAGAUCUGAUGAUGACUCAAGUGCAGCUAGUCCCUCUCAUGAACUGAAUGUGAUUUCACCUUGUCAUGAUGAUCUUGCUGAAAGUAAUCUCGGUGAAAAGCCUGUUUUGGAGAUCAAUGGAAAAUCUUCUGAUAAUAUGACCAAUCCUUCUCAUCAAAGGACAGCACCAUUUUCAGGGAGCACCUGUAUAGCAGAAACCAAUGUUCUUCUAAUUAAAGGAGAAAGUGAUAAGCAAAACCAGCCCCAGAACAUUUCUGUUGGCAAUGGAGUGGCAGUUCCUGCAGGAGAGGAUACUAUUCCUGAGCUUCCUUCUAAGGCAUCUAAAUCAUCAGUGAACAGCGAUGAUCUUGAUGAGAAAGCAAAGCCACCUGUUGUUCAGCAAAGGGGACGGUUUAAAGUUACCUCUGAGAAUGUUGAUUUAGAAAAGGUUGUCCCAUCUCCUGUACUGCAAAAGAGUCACAGCAUGCAGGUUGGUACUUCGGAGGUGCUCACCCCAAAUCCUAUAGUUUCACUGGCACCAUCAUCUGAUUCUGCAUUAUCAACUCCUGCUGCCGCAUCAUCAACUCUUGCUGCCAAUAAUCUUUUUCCAUUGUUGCAGUCCUUUUUGCAGACAAACAUUGUUCAAAGGGAAAAUAUUCUCAAUCUGAUGAAGUUCAUUUGUGCUGGUGACUCUAUAGCCAACCAUGCUUGUGAGGGAGUAUACAAGCCAGCUAAUGUAGCUGUCACAGAGAAAUCUUUGUUGGAAGUAGCCCAUGAUAGGGAGAAGGAGUUACUUAAUGAAAUAACUGAGUUACAAUGGAGGCUCAUUUGUGCCCAGGAAGAAGUGAAAAAAUAUAAAACAGAGAAUGCUCAGGUGUAAUUUUAUUUCGAACCGCAGCUGGGGAUGGAAGUAAGAACCAAUUUCUUAAACAAUGUGAUUCUAACGAAUGCUAAAAAAGAGAAGAUAGAAACAAAUAUGAGCAAGAGACAUGAUAUAACUAUCAAUCGCUCCAUAUUGUUUGUAUCAUACAUUUUCUUUUCUGGAUAUGAUCUGCAUAUAAUAAGUUGUAGCCUUAACCUUAAUUCUAGGGAUAUUUUUCUACUCAUCGAUUUGGUACCGUUUGUGUUUUGUUUUCCUCAAAUGCUAGUAUUCUACCGUCGUUGAUGUAUUGUUUUUCAUGAA